AUGUAUGCUUCGCAUAAAAAGGAUAUUAACCGCCACAAAAGUUUCCACCCACUGACGUUUCAAAACCUCAGCCGGGUGGAGCGUGGCCUCGAAAAGGAGGAAGAAAAGAAAAAAGCGAAGGAGCAACGCAAUGCUGAACUUCUUCAUGAUCAGGAACAGCGUCGCUACGAUGAUCUCGUUAUUUCCGCCUCCGGUGAUUCCAUAGCCGCACGUGUUGCGAAGUUUAGACAAGUGGAAAAUGUUUUUGCGGCAGAGGAGGAUAAGCCCGCAUUGCAGCCGGAGGCGGUUGCCGUGAUGGGGCAGAAAACCAGUGCACUCACAUUCCAAAAAGAUCCAUUGGAAGCGAAAAAAUUAACGCAAAAACGUCAACGUGAUGAUGUUACCACGAAAAAUGAGAAAGGCGGUAGCGAGGGGCAGAGUUUUGGCGGGGCUGGUAGAAAGGAAGAGGAGAGAAAAGUGAGUGGGAGUUUAGUGACGGGUUUCAUAACAAAAUCUGAUGCGGCUCAGUUGCGAAAAGAACUUGACAAACUUCAAAAAGAACGGCACGACCCCCUGCGGAGAGUUGAGCAGUUUCAGAAUCGCACGGUUGCGGCUGAGGCCAAACGGCGGGCUCUUGAGGCACGUGCCGCAUCAAACAAUAGUCGCGGGGAUUUGCAGAAAGAUAUCAUACACAGUCGCCUGCAAGAACUGCUGGAUAUGAAAAAGUGA